UGUAGCAACACUAAAUUAAAAACGUCAAAAAAUCCACAAAAAUGCCGCAAUCGCGCCUGUAGAUUUUAUUUUUAUUGUUAUUUGUUUAUUAAUUGUUGUUAUGAAAUACUCGUGAUGAGUGUAACAACCAUAAUUUUAUCUAGUCUUUAAUAUUACGUAUAGGAAACUUGCAAUUCUGGAUUCUUGACAGUUUUAUGGUGCCAUUAGAUGUAAAGUCUAGAGUUGUUAUUUCUUUGUGCUUUGAACGAGGAAAAAACUUGAUUCCUGCGUCAUAUUAUUACAAAAUCGAGUGUCAAUAAAGUUUUGAAGGCUUCCUGAACGGUCUGCUUGUAGCUGCGACGUGUAAAAGUGUCGGGAAGCGGAACAAAUACGCUUGAAUAUUGUCUUUGUGCAGAAACAUAUUUUGUGAUUUUACUAUCGCGCCAAUGGUUCAAUUGCUCAAUAAUCGCUGUGAUGCUCAUUAUUCUAUGGAUAUAGACUCAAAACCGAUGAGAAUGUAAGGAAACGAGCAUAUUUCAACUAUCCAUCAUGUCCACAUUACAAAAUACAGGACCCUGGUCGUUGUCUGACAAACCUUUGGAAUCUAAGUACGAAAAAUGUCGAAACAUCACAGAAGAGAUAUACAAGAGGAUCAAUAUCACUUUCCAGAUCAAAAAAUUGGAGGCAACACAUAGCGAAAUGUCUGAGCACAGUGACCAAAUAGAUAGCAACGAGUUAAGCAACGAGACGGACCUCUUCGCAUGUGACAAGACUGACACAAUAUCGAGCAGUACGGACGACAGGCCAGCUGCGUCAUGCGAGAAGUACAUCAAUAUAAACAACAACGAGGAGACGAAGAAGAAGCUUGAUGUAACGUACAAGAGGCCUAGGAAACGCUUCCGCAAGCGAGUAAAGAAGUCGCAGUCCAAGAGCCAGCGGAGUGAUUCAGACGCGUCCAGCGACGAGGCGCCACUCAGCCGUAUAGUGGAGCUGGACGCGAAGUGCGUCAAGGCCAAUCAGGUCGAGCCGCACAGUGUGAUGGGCGUGCCGAACAUCGUCAUUGUUGCUAAUCUGAAACCGAAACUGUAUACGCCAGAAAAGAAACAGCCCAAGAACACAGAGAAAGCCACAAAAGCCAUAGACACGCCUGCACCGCUAGAGGCGGACAUAGACAAGGGUGAUGCGACAGACUUGUCUAUGAAAAACGAGAAGAGUGCCAACAUAGAGAGUAAACAUUGCACAAUGUGUAGUUUGUCUUUUAAAGGAGAGAGGGGAUUAAGACGCCACAUGGCGAUGUCGCACAUUGUGGAUGGAACAGCACAGAAAACGGAACAACGAGGUAAACCAGCAUAAACGGUAACAAACGUACCGGUUGUCAUUUUUAUGCACCGCACUCUUAAUAAAAUAAUGACCUAUUCCAAAAAUUUUAAUUUGGCGUAAUGGUCGCAAAACUAAUUUCUGUUUAAGACCAUUUUUUUGUAAGUUAAAAAAUUUAAUUUAUUAAAAAUAGGUCAAAAAUGAAACCUAUAGCAUGAUAAAAAAGGAAAAAAACGGUCGCAAACAGAAAUGAGUUUUUUGACGAUUCCCAUAAAUUAACAAUUUUGGAAUAGGUCAUUAUUUUAUUAAGAGUGUCGUAUAUGUGGAUAUUGAGACGGUAAGGAAGUGUUUAUAUGAUUAUCUUGGUUGGAAUAUAUGUAUCACUAAAGCAUUGAUACCUAAAGUCCAGGUGGACCCCCAGGGGUCCACUGUACACUCGACAGAGGUCUAAGUUGGCGGGACCAAGGGGUAAGCGAAGGUUCACGAAAAUGCAUCUGGUUAUAAUAGUAAAGAACUAUAAUGUUGGCUUGACUCCAUCUAUGUAGGCAGAUACUUUUUUAAGAUUAGCGACUGUUAAUGUAAUAACUUGCGUAUUCUGGGGAAUAUGGUAGCAAUUAACUGCAAAGGGUCCACUGGAACGAGUAACAUUUUGAAAGUAAUCUAUGAAAAGAAAAUGUUUUGGGAACUUCUGCACUAAUGAUUGACAAAUUAACAAUCUAUACUAAUAUAAAGUUGAAGAGUUUGUUUGAACGCGCUAAUGUCAGGAAGUAAGGAUGCGAUUUUGAUUUCUUUUUCACUAAUAGGAAGCUAAAUAACUUUUGAGUGCUAUAGGCUACUUUUUAUCCGGAAAAAACUUCUACACGCGGGCGUAGCGGCAGGCAAUAACUAGUGUUACAUAUAAAUGAAAAAAAAAUAACAUUAAAUAAUUUAUUGCAAUUUGGAUACAGCAACAUGUUUAUGUAAAUAUUUGGAAGGUUUGGUGAUUUGUGAUAUAUUGUUUAUUAUUUUCAAUAUCACAGUAAGUUUCAAUAUUAAAGCAUUAUCUGCCUGUUUAUAGUGCAGGAAAUACUAGGCUUGGUGAGGGCAAUACUUAUGCUUAUACCUAGCCAUCUAGGGACAAAAUAGUGAUUUUUUUUUAUUAAAAAGAACGGAUAUUGCGCUAGUCGUAUUACGUUAAUUUUAGAUCUUACAUCAUUUAUAAUUUUGGAGCAUCCCGUAUUUCAAACCCUCGUUCUGUUGUAGUAUUUAAACACUCUGUAUUUACAAUUUUUUUUUAAUUAUACCCACAUAUAAAAGGAAUACAUGCAAACAACUCAAUGCUAUAGCCAUGCUAUUAGGUGACUUUAAAGAAUAUUAACUAAUUGUCCCGGCGAACCGCUAUAUUUUUUCUUCUGUCUCAUUCGCACACUCGUCUGAGAAUUUUAAAUAUUUGCUAUUAUUUUUUUAUAUAUUUGUUUUAAAACAAAUCUUCUGACACUAACACACACAUAAAAUAAAGAUUUUCCCAAUUUGGUGCAGUCAUUUGGAAAUUAUGCGCGUACAAACAUUUCGGUAAUUCAUUUUUAUUUAUAUUAAUUAUGGAAAAAAAUUCAACCGGGAUAAUUAUGUAUGAAGUCUCGUCAAAAUCGUCAAAAUUUUUUGGUCUUAUUGGGCUAUGUGUAGGUUAAAAAAAAAUUCAAAAUGACAACCGGUAACUUUUUUUUAUUUUACAAGUGAAAAAUUUUUGUAGUGUUAAAGCUAGGUGGAAAAUAAGAAAUUUUUAUUGAUAAGUUUAGGUGUGGUGGUAUGUUGUUGGUGGUAUGAUGGUGCUUCUGACGUUUUGUGGUCGAUUUAGACUUUAAAAUCUAGAUCUUAGAAGACCUAGCUGCUGACUAGAAUGAUCUGUCGUGUACUAAAUUGAGUUAUAACAUAUACGGAGUAAUUUUAUUAGAAAAAAGUCUCGCUGAAAAAAAAAGACUCAAAGUGUCUACAGUUAUAAGUGAUAAAAGAAAAAAAAGUCUCAUUUUAAAAAAUUAAAACUAACUUACCCUGAAGUCAUGUUUGAGAAAAAAGUCUCAUAUUGAAAAUAAAAAAAAAUACCUUGGAUAUUUUUACUCCUUAUCCAGGCGUCGAAAACUGGUAAAGUUUGUUCACAAUUCAUUGAAAUUAAUGACUUAAAAAAAAUGAGUUCAUCUAAAAUGAGACCACAAAACGAAAGAGGCAUCUGGCAUGGCAGGGUCAAAAUAUCUGUGAUCAGAAUGGCAAAAUGUGAUUGUAGUGUUAUUAUCGUGGGAUUGGAAGGAUUGCGUGGAAUUUGCGUUUGCAAAAAAGAAUACACGUGAUUUAUUACUUUUACUGUUCACAGUUGGAAAAGAUUUUUUAUUUAUUAUAUAGUUAAAAUGGUAUUCAGAGGAUCACGAAGUUUUCUUUACAAAAAAAAGAAAUAUUACUUGGUACUUUGGUUAUUUUAUAAAAAACAGACUUGGCCCUUAUUUUAUAGUAAAAAUGUGUAUGGUAUUCAGAGUAACGCGAAAUUAAAAAAAAAAAUAUCUUGCGAUACCUUACUUAUGAAAACAAAAGAUAAAACUUGGCUCUAAAUUUCAUGAUUCCUGGUACUACUUGCUUUGGGGAAGAAAAAAAAAACAAUAAGGAAUAAGAUCCGAAUGUACUUUUUUUUGUAGACGCGAAUCAUCGGUGUGGUGUUUUUAAAAAAAUGUUUCGGCCGAUAUUGAGUACAAAAUUUUUAAAGAAAAAAAAUGUCUUUUUAAAAUUUUUCCCUUAGAAAUUCAUAUUAGGUAUAUUAAUGUUAAGGUUUUUUGGACAUAGUCGUUAAUUUAUGCCGUUCAUGAUGGAGGGGAGGGUGGGGAAAAAUGGAAGUAAAGAUAGGUUGUGGUGUUGCAACUUUAAAAACUUGUUUUUUUUUUUACUUCAAAUGGGUGUUUAGUUUAUAAAACUGAGCAUUUCUGUAUUAUUUAUAUAUAUUUCAAUAAAAAAAAUAUAUUUUAUUAGGAUUACAAAAUUUGUUAACACAUUAUUUUUCAUAAGCUACGGAAUGGUAAAAUAUUUUUUUACAGUUGCAACACUACUGAGAUGAGAUGUUUAAGUAUGUUCCUAGAGCGAGAUUUUCUGAUAAUUGCGUCGUAAGUCAUUAAAUAUACAAAACAAAAUAGCUUUUAUUGACAAUUAUAAUAAACAGUUAAUUAUAACAAAUUAUAAUUUAUGUUUCGAGUUGUCAAACGAUAUAAUCCAUUGGAGGUACUAUAUCAUUUUUUACUAAAGCCACGAGUAUGGAAUACCUUGCGCUAGGAGCAUAUAACAAUAGGUAUAGAGAAUGGACUGUAUCAAUCGGUCGUUGGCUAAAAAUACCAGUGGCGAAUGGUCCCUUUCGUAACUUAUGUAAAAUCUAAUUAUCAUUGGAACAAUUUGCAGCCCGCAUUUAUGCAUAGUACCUAUAUGUUUUUGCCCUUUCACAAAAUGUCACACUUCGCCACUGAAAAAGAGACUGAAAGAGAGCUCAUGCGAGUAGUUGUCUCCUAAAAUUCUAUUAGAUUAUUUGUCGUAUUUUUUUUUUUAUGUUUUUGCAUAAACAAUCCCCCUUAUUCAUAGACGUUAUUUAUCUAAGGACGGAGCAUUGCUGUGAUAACAAGUCUGUUUCUCAGUGCUGACGGCAUGACAGCUUUCGCACUGCGUCGACAUAGGGCCGUUAUGAUUGGCUAAUCUUGAGAUACAACUUAAAUCUAGUUAGCUGUCAGAUAAACAAAGCUGAACAAAGAGCAAGCUGUCAGAUAAACAAAGCUGAGAAACAGAAUUGUUAUCACAGCAAUGCUCCGUCCUUAGAUAAAUAACGUUUAUGAAUAAGGGGUGAUGCCGUUAUACAAAGAAAAGUGACGUGUAUUCGCUGAGACUUUGUCUCUACACUGGUAAAUUUUGUAAAGUUUUCGAUCAGUACAUUCUCUAUGUCUUUUUUAAUUUGACGGUUAGAGGUGUUUACGAAAGAUUGUUCGAUAUUUAAAUUUCGAGUUUUUUUUUUUUCAAUUAGUUUUUGCGUCACCUAACUUUCGUUUGAUGUAUUAUGGCGGACUGUUUCGAGGUGUUACGUUAUAAAGAUUUUUUUUUUAUUACGGUAAGGGUGUGCAAUAUCGAAACUGUUUUUAGUGGAUAAAUUGAAAAAGAUCGGUCUUUGAAAAAUGGUUAGAUAUAUUUUUACAAAAAAAAUAUCGUUUUUGCGUUAGGGAUCGUGGAUACCCUACCAUUUUGGAUGUAGGAGUGCUAAAGAGUUUUUAUUGGCUUUUAAAGCGCAGGAAAAUCCCGUAAGAAUGUAAUUCUUUAGGGAUUAGGGAUAGGAAAGGAUAAGGAUACUCUUUAACAGUGUUGAACUUUACUAAUGCGAGGCUCUAAGCGGUAAACAUUUGCUAGGUUUUUUUGCCCGAUUGCCGAAGGAGGGUAAUGUUUUUUUAUGUUCCUUGAUGGAUCAUGAUGUUUAGAUACUAAAUUUGAUUUUUUCAAAAAAAAAAAAACUCUUUAAAAACAAUAAAUACCACCCAAAAGGGAUUUAAAAUCAAUUUAGGGUGUUUUUUUAAAUGUAAAGAAAAAAAUCCAAAAGGUACUAAGUGAGCACAUUUUAUGGCGGUAAAAAUAUUUUUUUUUAAUAAAGAAAAAUAAUGAUCAUAUUUUUUAAUAAAAAAUAUUCUUCAAGAAAAAAAAUGAAUGUAAACAAUUUUGGAUUUAUAAAAUGGAUUUCAUACCUACCUACCAAGGUAAAAAAUGUGCCUAUCUCACAAAGUGAGAUAAAAAAGGAAAUAAUUGCGUGGCUUAAAGUAGUAACACUUGGUGUAUUUUAAAGAAGAAACAAACGAUAGAUUGAGCUACUUAGAAGCUUAUUUUGUAAGGCGUAGGCUUCAAAAUUGAUUACCUAAUAACCUCUAAAAACAGUUUCGAAAAAAAAUCUAUUACUUUAUGUAUAUUUUUGUUUUUUUUUGUAAUUUUUUUAUUUCAUAUGGUGCUAAGUUUUAUUAAAGAUAUAAAUUUAAUAAAUAUAACAUUUAAGUAGUUUAUAGUUAAAUAUGGCAAAUGGAAGAUCUUUUAAAUGAACUAGUCAAUGGAAAUUCGCUAUAAAGUGUAUUUUGAGAAAAAUAAAUGUUCCUAAACCAUCACUGGAGUUAAAGUUGGUUGGUUACGCUUAGAUAUGUAUUAGGGGCCUACGUUUCAUAGUUAUACGAUGCUUUAUCUCGCUUCCUCUAAGGGCAAAUGUCAUUCAACAGAGCGAGACAGAACAGUGAAUAACUUAGAAACGAGUACAACUUAUUAGUAAGGCUGUUAAUCUGUUAACACUGCUAUGUCGCGUACAAGUUUUUAUACGAUUUUGGACCUUAUUGAAACGUCUAAAAACUUCAUUUGAAUUUUUUGUCCCGAUACUGAAAUUUGUAUUGUCAAAGAAUAUUAACUAUGUUAUUAUAAAUUCUUUUGUAUUCUUUUUGUUAUAUAUAUCUUUGCGUACAACCAACUGUACAUACUUGCCAUACGACAACCAGUGAUUACAAUUGUUUUUAAACAUAUCAACGUAACGAAAUUUUUCGAUGGAAUAUAAAAAAAAAGAAAAUGUGGGACGGAGCGGAAAAAAACGGCAACAAAAUUUUAUUAUAAUAAUAAAUGUCUUUUCUCAGAUUAAUUGAUAAAUAAGGCGUUUAUUUCGUAAAAAAAAGGAAUAAAUUCUACAAUCACCUUUGUUGAUUUAUGUUUUCGCCGUUUUCAUGAUCAGUUUAGUUUUUUUUUAUUGAUUUAAUUAUUGAGGGACAUUUAUUGUGCCUUUUUUUUUAUAAGAUACGUUUUUUUUUUAUUUUUAGGUAUUCUUUUUGCAUUAAUUAUAGUGAGGAUAAAAAUCAAUACCCUGUAUUUGAAUAUAUUUUCGGUAAUAUAAUGAUUUGAACGCUUUGCCCCCAUACUUUUAAUUAUAAAUACGCAUUUAACAAUUAAAAACGAGUUUCGCGCUCUUUUUUCGCAUUUCGCAAAUGUUUGAUUCUGAAUUUAAAUGCAUAAUUUUUUAUUGUUGCUAAAACAAUGGCUUGUUUACCCGUUUUUUAAAUUUCGAAUUAAAUUCGAAUUUAGAAUCAUUCAUUACGCAUUGUUACAUGGGGCCAACAAUUGAAAAAAUAUAUUUGUCUUCCCAUUACGGUUAUGGCCCCUUUGUUGAAAUGAUCUCUGCGCGUGUCAUUUGUCUUGGUGCAAUUUUUGUUGCCAUAUGUUGUAUCUUUAUGUUUAAUUAUAUUUGAGUACACGUUCGUGCAAUCUUGUAUUUUGCUCAUAAGUGCGAUGUUUGUGUGGCGAAUGUGGAUUACGGCUUUUUUUUUAUUUUAUAUUCAUUACGUAAUUUGAAUAUGAAUUGCGAGGUAUUAUUGUUAAAAAAAAAACACUUUUUUACUGAAUUUUUUGGAGUCGUGAAAAACAAUUUGCGUUAUAUUGCAAUGUUUUCAUUUUAAUUCCCUAUUAUCAAAGCUUUGAUUUUUAUUUUAAAAAUACAUAUUAGCAACUUUCGCAUUCGCAAUACACAUUCGUCACAUCGCUUCGUUUAGUAUAUGUUUUGAAGUACAGCGAGUGGAUUUAAAGUGGAUAUAUAUAUGUUCCUGUAUGUGCGAGUAUUGUUUAUGUUUAUUUAAGAUAUUGUUAAAUAAAACGUGACUAGUC